GUACCUUAUUACUUUGCAGGAAAGUUGAUGCGUCAGCAGCGGGGCAUCCUGUCUCUGCAUAUUCACAGCGAUGAGGUGUUCGCGGCACAUCCUUUGAGUGACUGAGGUAAUUGGGCCCUCGAUGAGAUAAGACGCUCGUUUAUGCACGCACGGACGGCCCCAUGGUCCGAUCAACACGAAUGCGAUGCAACUUGGGUGUGAUUGAGCGGUCUGAAGAAGAGGGUAGCGAAGUUGAUAAAAAGAGCGAUGAAGGUCGUCUUGGAUGUUAUGGAGUCCUGGCUUUUCCUUCGAAUUCUCCUUUUCGAGUCAAGCGUCAAAGUGUGUACAUGAUGGAUUGUCUUGUUGAGGGCAGCUCUUCUUCGAGGUUUGGGAUAGCUCGUCAAUCAGAUCGUCACCCUACACUGGCAGCGUAUGGUCUUCAGCUUCACGAUACUGCAACGGUUUGUCGGCAAAUAUGGAUAAAUUGUUGCGUCUUCUCCGAGUAACGGGAAGAAACGUAUCGAUAAGACAUAUCCCUGUUGUUCUGAUCCCGGAAAGAUACACCUGUGUACUAGGGGACCACGCACACGUGCAUGGAACGGUGGCCUCUGCUUGUG